ACAAGACCUCCACCUCGUCAAGUGUUCAUGUUUCCUUCAUCGGUGACGGAGGUCCACUGGCUUGUGUGUGACCCGCACACCUGCCACGGCACGCCCCACGAACGCCCGCUGGUUAGGUGCCGCACGCGGCUCCCAAGGACGCCGCCCUCCCGCCGUCGUUUCGUACAAAUAUCCCACUCUCUCUCUCUCUCCUUGCCGGUGCAACUGCGACCUGGGACGACACGGCAGCCCGGAUCAACAUCUCCCUCGUCGUCUUCUCGCCGCUCUCCACAGAGAAAUGGCAGGCCAGGCCCAAAACGGCCACGCCGACCUCCCAAGGAAGCCGCCCGUCGUCGUCAUCUACUCGCCGCCGGGGAUGGCGGGCCACCUGGUCCCCGUGGCGGAGCUCGGCAAGCUGCUCGUGGCGCAGGGCCUCCAGGUCACCGUCCUCCUCGGCGGGGGCGAUACGUCGUUCCUCGAUGGCCUCGCCGCCGCCAACCCGGCGCUGGCCUUCCACUGCCUGCCCCCGGCCGCGCUCGCCCCCGACGUGGCCGCCGCCUGCGGCAGCAGCUUCGAGGCCAGGCUCUUCGAGCUCGCGCGCGCCGCCAACCCGGCCGCCCUCCUCAUCGACUUCUUCUGCAGCGCCGCGCUCGACGUCGGCGCCGAGCUCCGCGUGCCCACCUACUUCUUCUUCACCGCUUGCGUCGGCAGCGUCGCCUUCGGGCUCUACCACCCGGUCAUCGACGAGCGGACCACCCUGAGCUUCCGGGACAUGGGCGGCGACCCCGUGCACGCCCCGGGACUGCCGCCCAUACCGGCGGAUCACCUCGCCGGGGCCACCCUCGAUCGCGAGAGCUUGAGCAACAGGCACUUCGUUGACUUGGGCCUAAGGCUGUGCCACUCCAGAGGUGUUCUCGUGAACGGCUGCCGUUCCUUGGAGGCGCGCGCCGCCGACGCCAUCGUGGCCGGCCUCUGCACUCCGCCCGGCCGUCCGACGCCGCCGCUGUACUGCGUGGGGCCGCUGAUUAAGCACGACGAGGAGACCGGGGCGUCAAAGCGCCACGAGUGCCUCGCAUGGCUCGAUGGCCAGCCCGAGGCCAGCGUGGUGUUCCUCUGCUUCGGCAGCAUGGGCCGGUUCAGCGCGGAGCAGGUCAAGGAGAUAGCUGCUGGCCUUGAAACAAGUGGGCAGCGGUUCCUGUGGGUCGUGCGGCGCCCGCCCCUGCCCGGUGCCGAGCGCCGGCCGCCGGCCGACGGCGACGAUGACGGCGACAUCGACGAGCUGUUCCCGGAAGGCUUCCUGCACCGGACCAAGGACAGGGGGCUGGUGGUCAUGUCCUGGGCGCCGCAGCGGCAGGUGCUGGCGCACGGAGCGGUGGGCGGCUUCGUGACGCACUGCGGCUGGAACUCAGUGCUGGAAGCCGUCAUGGCAGGGGUGCCGAUGCUGGCGUGGCCGCUCUACGCGGAGCAGCGCAUGAACCGGGUGUUCCUGGUGGAGGAGAUGCGGCUGGCCGUGCCCAUGGAAGGCUACGACAAGAAGAUGGUGGAGUCCGACGAGGUGGCGGCCAAGGUGCGGUGGCUGAUCGAGUCCGACGGCGGGAGGGAGCUCCGACGGCGGACGCGGGCGGCCAUGCGGCUGGCGGAGGAGGCGCUGGCCGACGGCGGCGAGUCGAGGGCCGCGCUGAUGGAUCUCGCGAGACAGUGGAAGAGCGCCGCCGACAGCUGAGCUCACCGUCGAGAUUUCGGACGUCACGUACGCGAGGUGCUGCAUGUGUGCACGUCUGACCUUGGAUCGAGUAGUACGAUUGCUUGCAAUUACUCAACUCAAUAAAAAGGACGUCACGUACGCGAGGACAGGGCGUCAACCUUUUGGCUGGGCAGCUGGGGUAGCUGCCAGCCCACCCGAGUUCAAGUCAUGGCUUGGCCGCGGGUGCUCGCGGAGUUUCUUUUAUAAAAAAAUCAACGGGCGUUAGCCCUUGGAUUGGUUUUUUUUAAAGAACCUCUACCUAGCGAACGUUCGCCAGUAGUGGGUGGCAUUUGCGAACAGUUUUAACGGCAUUUUUAGUUGUGAGAGGGUGAGAGUGCGACAUGACAGAUUCGGUCCGAGAAGGCAAUUUUUCAUUUAAAACUGCCACCGUUUGAUCUCGUAUUGAACUAAAAUUACCAUCAAAAGGGUUCAUUUGUCACCUCUCUCCGAGCGACGACCGCCGGACAGGAUUUCCGAUAAAAAAAACGAUAAUGGUUUGACGUUUGAUCCCCAGCUACCUCAGCGCGAACGAAACAUUUGCUAGGAGGAACGAAAAAGUAUUUUCACCGGAGGCGGGAGCUAUCGGUGGAGC